AUGGAAAUUUUGCCUAGCUAUGACCUAAGUUCACAUGAUGAUGGACACGUCCGGCUGGCAGGCGCCAAGAAGCUUGGUGAGGUUUCAAUUACAGUGGCAGAAUUCUUUGCUCUUCGGGAUGGUUUAGCCUAUGCUGUCUCCAAAGGCUGGCGCUACAUCAUGGUCGAGGGUGACUCAAAACUGGUGAUUGACUCAGUGAAGAAUCUCUGCUCAGUUCCUGUGGGAGCAAAAAUUAAGGCCCAAGUACCCCCUCCUCACUUAAUGGUGAUAAUCAAAGAUGGUGUCUGGUUUCUCAACAUGGAAAUCAAAAAUUACUUGUUGGAGGAUCCGAAAUUUUCCGCUCCAACAGUUCCUUGGUGCAUUACACAGUUGAUUCAGGACUAUUACACCUAG